ACUUCCGGUGGGCGCCUCCCGCCUUCAGAAUAAGAGCAAAAAGUGCGGAAAGGGAUUGCCUCUAGCGGCGAGUCAACGAGCUCUACACGAGCACAAAACUGCAAGCAGCUAUUGAAGUGGAGGACAGCUGAACCGUAACUACAACUACAACAACAACAACGACACACACCUGUACGUGAAGUCACCCUCUCAAGGCAAGAUGAAUUUGGAGGAAUACUUCAAAAGAAUUGGUUUCCAUGGCUCUUUUGACAAACUCGAUCUUGCAACACUGAAGUUGAUCCACAAACAUCAUGUCAUGUCAGUUCCGUUUGAAAACCUCAGCAUUCACUGUGGUGAGAAGAUCACCAUGGACCUUGAGGUAAUUUAUAAUAAGAUAGUGAGGAGCAGCCGUGGGGGCUGGUGCCUUGAGAACAACUUCCUGUUUGGCUGGAUGCUGAGAGAAAUGGGCUACGACACUACGAGGCUGGCCUCCAGAGUUUUUAGCAGUUGCCUCAAUGAUUUUUACCCCACUGAAACUCAUCUCAUCAACAAGGUCGUCAUUGAUGGAAAGGCUUACAUAACAGAUGUAAGCUUUGGGGUGUCUUCCCAAAUCUGGGAGCCCCUGGAGCUCGUCUCUGGAAAGGACCAACCUCAGGCAGCAGGGGUCUUUCGUCUCAUUGAUAAGGGGGACUUCUGGGUGCUGGAGAAGACCGGCAGAAAGCCAGAGGUUCUCAAUCCAGAUUUUGCCAAAUCAAGUCUGGUGAACAGAAUGGAAACAAAGCAGAUCUACGGCUUCAGCUUGAUGCCUUGUGAGGUUGAUCACUUUUUUGAGCAAAACCAAUAUCUUCAAACAGAUCCUACUUCACUGUUCACCAAUAAGUCCAUCUGCUCUUUGCAAACACCAACAGGAUUCAGAGUGCUUGUUGGUUGGACCUAUAGUGAGGUCACCUACAAAGCAGAGGCAGGUGUUGAUGUCUUAGACAUGAGGGACCUAACAGAUGAUGAGAUCGAGCAAAUUCUGAGGGAAAAGUUCAAUUUAAAGCUGCCGAAGAAACUGCAGCCUGUGAACAACAAAGCAAGCUACACAAUCUGAAAAACAGAAUCCUUAAAAUAUCUAUCUUGUAUCUUGAAUUAACUGAAGAGGAUUUUGCCUUUCUAAGAGAGUAUCAAAGAAAUCAUUUAAAUCCAAAGAAACCUACAUAAGAUGUUGUUUGCCAUCAUUAUAUUCCUUUAUGACUUUGACUAUUAUACCGAUGUAAAAUGCAAACUCUAUGACCCUCACUCAGUAUAAUCUGUGUACUCAUGUCUUAUCUUUUUCUUCUGAAACAUGGCAACGCUUGUGAUUUUGUAGGGAGGCUGUCGAAGGAAACUGAGUUUAUGACAAGUGACUGACAAAUAGCUCUGUGUAUAUAACCUUAUUUUUGUAGUUGUUGUAGAAGCAUUAUCAGGUUUAUCAUUGCCUGUUAAAUGAAGGUUUGUGUAUUGGCUGAUUAGUCCUGGACAUGAUCAAAGCCGGUGGACGAAGCCGUUCACCUCCGUCUAACAAAAACUUGGAUCCUCUUCUUGGCAAGACCAACAAGACACCAAGUGUUAGAUUUAAUCAACUAAACUGUAUAGUAUUGUGCCUCAUUAAAAUUAUUCAAAUUUA